GUGUGGGCCGGCCCCUUGACAAUUUGGUUUUCUAUCAAACUACCGGCUUGGCCUCCUGGCUCCACAGCACAUGGAGCCCCAGCCUCUGCCUCAGCCCGGAGUCUCUAAACCACUGGAACCUCUGUAUGGACAACUGUGGCCCUGAGCAGUCAGCGCCGGGACAUCCUGAGACGCAGCCCCAGGUUUGACAGUCCCAUAGGCGUCAGCUGCAGGCCACCUACAUGCUACAGGCCCAGCACCGCACACCCACCACUUCACUCACUCCUCAGGCACGGACUAGGGGCCCACAAGGCCCAGUCUCAGAACAGGCAUCCCUCAAGCUCAGAAACAAAGCCCGCUGGGAACAGGGAGGUCAGGUGCAGCCACGGAAGAGCCAUCCCCGCACCUGCUCCUCGGGGUGGCCAGGGGUGCAUUCCUUGGCUGAGAGGGACUUCCCAGUGGGGGCGUGCACGUCACAGGCAUCAGCCACAGAAAACAGCAGCAUGCCACGGAGUCCUAGUGCCGGCACCGGCAUCCCACCAGGGGUCAGCCGAGGUCACACACUGGCAAAGCCAGGCCCUCGUGGGGUACCUGAGCAGAUGGCUCAGCCGCACCAACCCCUCGGGGCACGCGGCCUCCACUCUGGGUCUCCACCCAGGGCACAGCAGCAUCUUAGCUCCCGAGGAAUGUAAACGAGCCGCCCGGGGCUGGACCGCCUCCAGGAUGAGGGCGAGGGCUUAAGACAAACACCAGGCUUCCUAUUUAAGGCCCAGGCAGCCCCUGGGCCUCACCUGCACCAGGAAUCUCAGGUAGGCAUGCUCUGCUCCCAGGGUGCGUGUGGGUUUAGAGGUUUGGCUUGCGGGGUGACUACUGGACCUUCUAGAACCACUACAAAGGUGAGGGGGAACGGAGGUGCAGGGGACACCCAACAUCCAGGCCAAGUCCCACUGCCUGGCUCUGUCCUCUCCUGCCCUGGGGAGCCCUCUGCUCAGCAGUCGGGUGAACUCAGGCCUGUGGGGGUGAGCAGGCGCCUAGAGACCCUCUCUGCCCCCAGCCGAGGCCAUGCUCUCCGCGGGGACCGCCUGCAGCCUGCUGCUCCUCAGUGUGCUCUGGGUGGACGCGGCCAUGGCCGGCUCCAGCUUCCUGAGCCCCGAGCACCAGAAGGCCCAGAGAAAGGACGCCAAGAAACCACCUGCGAGGCUGCAGCCACGCGAGGAAGACAGCGGGCAGGAGGCGGCGGAGGACCAGCUACAGAUUCGGUUCAGCGCCCCCUUUGACGUGGGGAUCCAGCUGUCAGGGGCUCAGUACCAGCAGCACGGCCGGGCCCUGGGCAAGAUCCUUCAGGACAUCCUUCGAGACGAGACCAAAGAGGCCUCGGCUGACCAGUGAUGCCGCGUGACCGCCCACCUCGAGCCCCGGCUAGGAAGCCCUGACCUGGCUUUCAGAUGCUUCC